UUCAUCAGCAGCAUUCAGCAUUUAAAAUUACAAAAAUACUCUUGUUCUAAACAUGUUCCUUAAUUAAUAUGAUUUAAUGUGAAUAAUAAGCAUUGUUUUAACGUAAGACUAUGUUGUUCAAGCUCGGGGAUUUACCAGAAGUAAACGUCAGAGGUUGAAUGAAAACUUGGGAUUAGUUAAUUAGUCUAUGGCCGCCAUGCGGGCGACCUGUCAAAAAAGAUGUCAAAUGUCUUCAUUCAGAAAGUACUUUAUUUACUCCUGAUCGCGAUUGAAUUCGUGCUUGCUAUUGUUUACAGUGUGAUAAACAGUAUAUUUUUAUUACUGAAAUUGUUAUUACAUUACGUUUUUAAUGUAAAUAUGACCGAAUCAUCGAAAAAACGCAAGAGAAAUUCAAAUGACCAACCUAACCAAACGGUUGCCCUCCGCGGUGCUAUAGAUGCAAACUGGCAAAAGUUCUUAUCAAGCAGCCUUAUUAUGGACAAGAAAACAGAGAAACCAGCUCAGGAAAAUAACAAAGCUCAAUAUUCAGGCACAUUCCGUCGCGCUAGGAAGAAAAAGGCAAAAGACCACGACAAUGUACAAAAUGACAUGAAAACUUUAAACUUGGCUUCGAAUGGAGAUACAUUAGUCAAUAAAGUAGAUUUAGAUAAAAACUGUAACUCUAACAAUGUUAAUGGUGCUGUGAAAAACAAUAAUAACAAUAAAAAUCGUAUAACAAAGUUCUUAGCGAUGGAUUGUGAAAUGGUAGGCGUAGGUUAUGACGGUAACGAUCAUAUGCUUGCUAGAGUGUCCAUAGUCAACAAAUUCGGAGACUGCAUCUAUGACAAGUUCGUGAAAGCGCGGGAAGAGGUCAAAGACUAUAGAACAGAUGUCAGUGGAGUGAGAAAAGAGGAUUUAUUGAACGGAGAAGAUUUUACCAAAGUUCAGAAAGAAGUUUCUGAACUGAUUAAGGGAAGGAUACUAGUUGGUCAUUCUUUGAAGAAUGACUUGUCUGUAUUGUUCCUCUCACAUCCUAAGAGAAAUAUUAGAGAUACGUCAAGAUAUAAACCGUUUAGGAAGAUAACCAAAGGCAGCACACCGUCGCUCAAGCGGCUCGCUAAGGAGAUCCUCGGCAUAGACAUACAGUCCGGCGAGCACAGCUCCGUAGAAGACGCCCGCGCGGCCAUGCAACUAUACUGCAGUGUGGCUCGACAGUGGGAGCCAACCCUUGUUGACAAGCGCGGCAAGAAGAAAGUUAACCCGGAUGAUGAUUAGACUAGUAAAAUCUGUUUUACCCAUAGAUUUAGGAUAGUGCUACAGUUUGAUAGUUUGGCAAUGCAUGACAAAUAACUACAUGUUGUCUACUUUUGAAGCCAUCAAACACAAGUUUCAAUAACAAUAUCUAAUAAGUUUGUUAUUUACACUGUAAAUACCGAUUUUAUAGUUCAGACAUGAAAAUUUCACUGAACUGAUGUAGUAAAUUUUUUGCUUCACUAAAGUCCCUUGAUAGCCAAAUUAUCUACUAUUCUAGAUCUAUGGUUCUCACCCAUUUUUUUAUAAUAUUGGUAUAUGUUAACCAUGGGAUUUGAUCAUUAUUCCUUUUCUGCAAAGUGAUUAAAAAGUAGCUGUCUAAAGUCAAAUCGAUUUUUGUAUCAAAUUGCAUCUAAAUCACUUCAGCUGAUUUAAAAUUAAAGUAAGAAACAUAAUAAAUAAUAAAAUAUGAUUAUAACAAAGAAAUUAAUUGCUGUAUUACAAAAAAGUUAAACAGAUUUUUAACUCUUGUUCAAGAAUGUAUGCAAAUGCAAGAUUUUCGAAAACACCUGUCAAACGUCUGUUUAACUUUUAUGUAAUGAAUACCAAAACCUUAAUGGUAUUUUUAACAUAAGCUUUUUAUAGGAUUUUUUUCUCAUGGUUACUACAUAACAUGUGCUAAAGAGAUCAUCUUCUAUCAUUUUAGACAAAUUUUCUCCAUGUUUCCUAACUUGUGUAGCAGGAUCUACCGUUGUGAUUAAAUUACUUAGUUAGUUAACUAAGUAAUUUAAGUUGUAAAAAAAAAAAUAAUACUUACGAAAUUAUAGUUCGUAAAACAAGCUGUUUUUAUAAAAAUGUGUCAUGACGAAGUGGACACACUUAUAUUUUUAUUCCUUUCGUCAAUGAACGUUUACGGUAGAUUUGACUGUAACAGUGUCACACUAGUGCAUUUUCCACUCCGUUUUUGGAAAGUCUGCUGUGUGAAAACGCUGUAGUAGUUUUCUAAAUGCCUUAUUUGUAAAUAGGCUAAUUGAACAGAUGUGUUGUGUUCGAAAUAAUUCAGUCAGUUAUCAACUUAUGAUUCAGAAUGUCAUAAUUUUGUCACAUCAUGUAAUUUUUUCUAUAACAUUCUUAUAUUGCUAAAAUCUUUUGCAAAUGUGUGUCGUGCCUUUUACAUUUUUCAUGUCCUCGGGCGCGCCGUGGCGGCCAUGUUUUCAUAGACAAUCUGAUUCUGUUACCUCGCUCGAAUUCUUAUGCUCAAGUUCAUAAAACAACUGUUUAUUAUGAAUUUUCUCGUUCAGUUUUCUAAGUAAAUAGUUGUUUUGAAAUAGAGCAUCUGUACUUUAAUUCACCUAAACUGUAGGUACUUAGUAAGAAGUAAAAUGUUGAAGGUUUUUGCAUGUCAAACCAUAGAUUGGAGAAGAAUAUUCUUCAUUCACUAACGUGUUCCCCGAUGUUGAUGUUGCUGAUUAAAUAUAUUUUUUUAUUAUUACGAA